CCUCGUCUCUGCCCGCGCUGAUUGCUGUAUCGAGCUCAGACACUGCGUUGCUGCUUUAUACUGAGGUGCCUGAAACGUCCAGAGUUGCUUAAAGUGAACCUCACCAUUGACUGCUUCUGUGUAUACUUGCAGUAGCCAAGCAAUCGACGCGAAAACCCUACCACUCGGCGACGCGAUGCCUGCCGAGGGCGAUCAACAUGCCAUGUGGGCUCCUCCACACCCCAACACUCUGAUGGCACGCACCAGGGGCUGGUCCUCCAACGAGGCUCGAUCUAUUCAAGAACGACUAAAUCAAGAACUUGGACCCGAGUACGUCUCUCAACGCCCGGGAGCUGGCGGAGGAAGAGUACAUUAUCUGGAGGGAUGGAAGGUGCUCAACCUUGCCAACGAAGUCUUUGGAUUCAACGGAUGGAGCUCUGAGAUCAAAAGCAUCUCAGUGGAUCAUAGGGAACAAAACAAGGAUGGCAGAUGCUCGCUUGUUAUGUCUGUAACGAUCAGAGUCACUCUGAAAGAUGGCACAUUCCACGAAGAUGUCGGAAGUGGCCAUGUCGAGAAUGUGCGUCAAUGGCACGCUGCGUUUGACAAGUGUCGCAAAGAAGCCACCACCGAUGCACUGAAACGCUGUUUUAGAGCAUUUGGUCCAUUACUGGGCAACUGUCUUUACGAUAAUGAGUUUGUUCGGCAAAUCACGAAAGUUCAAAAUCCACCCCGUCGACAAAUCGAUAUGGAGAAACUGCAUAGAGCUCCAGAGUAUCGUUCAGAAACGCAGACCGAAGCCGGCCGUCGUCAUGCUAUGACAUUGGUGUCGGGCGGUACCAACGACGAGACUCCCAACUCUCGGCAUACAUCUGGCCCUGGCGACUAUACGACACCCGGUCAUAACAGGGCCUAUCCCUCUUACCAGGAGUAUGAUCAGAGCUCUCACAAUGGUGAUAGAAAAGUUCUUACGAAUGGAAACACCCGCCCUCCUGCGAACCAGCAGCAACCAGAGCCACGACCGGCUGUGAGACAAACACCACACCUCCCGAUAGCACCGCCCCCGAAAGUUCAGAGACCCGCCACCAAUCCCGGCGCUCGUCUGGAUGACGGAUUUGAUAUGGAGUUUGGAAGCGAUCUAAUUGCUGAUUAUAACGAAAUUGAGGAAUAUGAUAUGAUCUCUGAUGACGUGCUCGACUAUGAACCAUUUGACGGAGGUGAACUAGUGACAUACACAAACAACGAAGACGAAGCGAGAAAUGGACGCCCUUCGGAAUCAAAACCUGUGAAUUCAAACCACACAUCGGCUCAGCAGCCAAAUCCUGCAGCAAGAACCGCAAGCAACCCGCAAAACCAGGCACAAAGGAUCUCAGACAACGGUAAUCAUGUUCGAGCGCAAUCGGGACCUGACGCAACGGCUGCAAUGAAUGGUCACCAGGCGCGCGCUCGUACCGCAUCCGUACCUCCCGACAACGCUUUGAAUCUCAACCGAGCCUCUGCUUACGACACGGCAAUGGAAAAAAUACCGCAAAGCACACCGCCGUUUGCUGUUCCCAAUAAUCAAUCUGCACAGGACGCACAUACCGGCGAUCCAGGAGCGGGCGCAACUUCAGCUGAUGGAGUACCACGGUCUGCAAUUGAGACUCCAGUUCCAUCGCCUUGCUUUUUCAGUGCACGUGCUGCCGAAGCUGUGCAGAAAGAAAUUGCUGUUGACAACUCGGCACUCUUUGACGUGUCGUUUCAGAGUCCCUCGAUGCGCAAGACGAUCGACCAUUCAAGGUCUCGUCCGGUUGCUCGUUCGCAAGUAGAAGGCAGCCCGAUUGCCAACUUGAGUCCUAGGAUAGACAACCCUCGCCUCAAUCCAAUGCGAAGAGUGGGAAUGCCGCCGACCGGUGGUGCACCCGGUGCUACGAGAUCGUUGCUUUCGGUCAAGAGACCACUGCAUAGUUCGAAUCCAAAGUCUACGGAACCUCUUGGGGAGAUAUCCGAGAGUAAUGCGAAUAUCAUGAAUAACGCACCGGCCGAAGUGAAAGACGAAGCGAACAAGAAACAAAAGGUCUGAAGACGUAUGCAACUGGGACAUUCAAGUAGUAUUCAAGGGGUAUCUGUUGGGAUUUUAUUAUUAUGUGGUAACGGUUUCUUCGCCUAGUUUUAUAUUUAUG